ACGGUGGCGCGACGCCUGUAUAGACGCCCGCCUGGCCGUCCGACGAAUAGCCGAAACGAUUCUAUGGAAUCAUAGUUAGCGUCUAAGCCAUAUCACUGGCAUAUCUCCUCUAAACCAGUUUGAACCAAAUACCUCAUGAAAAGGAUGUUGCCCCGCUGGUCUAUUCUGGGCUGCUUGUGAUGAGAAACGGCCCAUCAUCCCCGUUCCCAUCUGCGACAGACCGCCGCCUUGUUGCACAUUGCCACUGGAGCUGGCCAGCCAGCUCUACUCCACGCAUCAGCGCAUAUCGUUUAAAUUAUCGCACACGCAAACACAAAUGCAAUGAGAGCGCGGCCGCAUACGGAAAACCCUCCCCUCUCCGCUCCAGCAUUAUACGAUCCCUCCGCUGGUGUCAUACUCUGCCAUCUCUCCACCGGCGGACUGUUGGCUGCCGAGGGUGGGCCUCUGGAGGGCCCAGUACCUGUCGAUGUUGGGGUGGUCGACGGCGUGAGGAUAAUCGGCUGGGUUGGUACUUCCCACUGGGUGACGCCGCUCGUUCGCUGAACGUAAUACCACCGGCGGGAGACGCCCUCCCACUGAGCCAACCUGUUCUCACAGCCCUCAGGCAACGGAGGUGGCGGGGACGAGGGGCCAGCACUGUCCGACGGAGCGUCCUGCCCCAUUUGCGUGGUCAAAGGGGAGUCAAACUGUAGGCAAGCUUCAUAGAGUUGCACAAGAAGUGCUCAGAAGGAUUUCUGAUGCCGUGAGAGCUCUUGAGACGGGCGGAUUUAAUUAUAGCAGUGUAGCAUGGGAUGCUCUGGGGCAGAGAUUGGGCUGCAGUCGAUCGGCUGGUGGGGGCCCAAGAUACAGCCAUCCAUGCCGCUAUGGAGUAUGAUCGCCCGAAUGUUUGGGCAGCAUCACGAACAGGGCGAGAGACGAGAGCUUCUCAUUGUUAUUAUUGGUAAAAUCAGAGUAGAGAAUGAC